CAUUCAUAGCGCUCAAGUGGUGGUUCCGCAUUCGAAAAGGCAGAAGUACAUUAGCUGAAAGCGUCGGACUGCAGUUUCGUGGUUUCUAGGUUGAAAACUCACAAUCAGUACAGGACUCAAAGCUUGAGGCUUAUAAUGACAGACGGGAGAUCCUGCAAAGUGUGUAACUUCACACGGCAGAAAUCAUACGGAGUGGUUGUUCCCACGUUGGAUGAUCUGAAGAAAAAAGGAUGUGAGUUUCUGGGAGUGAACCCCUCAGACCCGGUCACUGUGGUCCUUGAGGGUGAUGGGACCAUAGUAGAGGAUCAAGCCUACUUUUUGUGUUUGCCUUUUAACACCAUGUUCAUGCUGCUGCAUGACAAAGAAACGUGGGCUCCAGCUCGCAAGAUUGAUGGCGGCACGGCUUGGAUGGCGAGAGAGUCUGUGGUUCUGGAAACUGAUGUCGUCGACUCCAACGUUAUUGAGGCGCCGUGGUGGAAUCUGGCGCUGCAGCUGAAGCAAGACCUGACCAGUAUCAUUCUCAUGUCUGAGGGAGACCUACAGUCUUUAGUAGAGGCGCCGUGCUCUGAACUAGCCUCUGCCCUGGGCUUCCAAGAGAAGAAGGCAGAGGAACUUCAGGAGACGCUGCAGAGGGUUUUAGAUCGCAGAGAGGAGGAAAGGCAGUCCAAAGAGCUGCUCCAGUUGUACCUCAAAGCUGUGGAGAACGAGGACAGACAGCAGGGAGCCACAAGUCCUUCUAGUCAGGACGGUGCUGGAGAUGUGGAUAUGCCGGAUGGAGUGGAGGUGGAUUCUGCGUCCGAGUUCAUGUCCAGGACACUAAUGGUCCUGAAAGGCAAAACCAGCCCAGAGACCAGACUCUCCACUGAGGAUUUGCAGGCUGUAGUGAGCAGAGGGCUGGAAGCCAUGCAGCAGGUGCUGGGUUGGGACGCAGGCAGGACCGCCGCGCUGCUGCAGGCCUGCAAAGCGGAGCUGUCGACGCGCCUGCAGCAGAUUCAGGCCAUGCAGUCCAUCAGCGGCACGCAGCAGGACAGCAGCAAACACAGGGAGGGGGCGGGAACAGCGACCCAAGGCAGCAGCUAGGUUUGACCGAGCAGAGACUGAUAAGGAUUCACACUAACCUGCCUCGAGGUCAGGAGAAUGGGAUUUGCUCUGUGUUGCUGUUUAUGUAGCUACAGCUAAAAAUGUUGAAGAUGUGAAUCUCUGCGUGGUUUUGGAACGCUGAGAAAGCGGUGAAGUUGGUCUGGAGAGCGCCUGGCCUGAUUUGCACAAAUGUGUUCAGUUUGAAUAUGUUUAACCACUUUUUGAUUUCCGUAUUUGGGUUAUGUUGGGAUGAUAGCUAUAGACAAACAUAUGCUUAUGAAUAUUAACAUGCUAGCUCCCAGUUGUCUUAUAUAUAAAGAUGUAAUGGAGGCAAGCGUGGUUUUGCUGAAAGUUAAUGUCAUCCAGUACUUCGAGAGCUAAAGGUGCCACAAUAAAUAAAUACUUGCAUAUUUAUUUAUAUGUGGCAGUUAAAAAAUAUUGGUAUUGUAUUCAUCAAAUAGUUACUCAUCAUUACGGAAAUAUUAUAUCUGCUAAUCUUCCUUUUAAAGUUGAAUUCAAUGGUAAAAGCUUAUAUAAUUAUUGUAGUAUUUAUAUAAUUAUCUCAUAGUCCUGAAUUGCAGCACAUGGUUUUUUUUGUUGUUGUUUUUUAAACUUGUGAGCCGUACUCAUUAAAUCGGUGGCCUGGACUAACUCAGCUACAGGCAAAGUGAUUGGCCUGCUGUCCAUUAACCAAUCUAACAUCAGAGUAUGAUUCCCACAUUGGGGUAUUUUUUUGUUUUUCUAGCAAAAGACAAACAUCUUUAGCUUGAUGUUUGUCUAGCCAAAGUGACUGUUUACAUUACGUCAUGAUGGGCCGUAGAUAAGGGAACUAUGAAAUAAUUAAAUAAAUAUUGAAGUACUUAAAAGUUUAACAUACAAGGAAUUUAAACUCUAAUUAAUGAUUUCUGUUUUAUGCUUUUCGUAUUUAAAACCUUACUGGCAGAUAAAUAUUAACAUUUUAUUUAAAGUAUCACAUGUACAAGUUUGACGAGUCAUUUUCUGGAUUGUGGCACCUUCAGCCCCCCCACAUUUAAAGCAAACUAAUCAAUACCUUAGUUGUUUCGGAACCUCUUCAUAUUGUCCACUAGAUGGCACUGAACAUGGUUUCUGCAUGGUACCAAAACAUUUAAUAACAUAAAUAAAAUAAAAAAAAAACUGUACAGAUUUAAAUUUGCAUUAGUUUAUAUAACAGAUUUGUUUACUCGUUCAUUUUCUGUUUUUAUUUUUUGCUUCUGAAAACAGUUAAUGUAACGUCAUCCACUACCAGCUCGUGUUUUUUCUGUGAAUAACAAAUGUUUACUUAAUGUAUGGUUAGGAAACAGAGCUUUUAAUAACUGUAUAAAACCUCUGGUCAGUUGCUGUUUUAGGUUUACUGUUUGCAGUAAGCCUUGGUAGAAAAGUAUUGUAGUCAUCUUCCUAGGGCAAAAAAACAACAAGUUUCAGCUUGGUUAUCUUGCCAAGCUAAGUGAGCAACAUUAUUUAUUAAUUCGGAUUAAAUCAUUUCUUGCUAUUCAUGCUUGUCCUAAAUUUGAAUAAUAUUGGUCUGAAAAAUGUUCUAAAAAGGUUUAUACUUUACUUUUUGACACUCACAGGUACCCUUAAAUAUGUCACUCUUUAACAAUAAAUCUAGAAAUUGUGUUUUGUAAUCUUGAGUAUUCUGGUGUUCACUUUCUGCUUUCAGUUGUAUUAGAUAUACAAUUAGCUGGUGAAUUUUGUUAGUGUUUACCUAAACACUGCUUUGCCUUGUCUAUUCUCUAAGUUAGGCUAAUUGCAGUUAGCUUCAUAGAUAGUAAUCAGUUGCUAAACUGUUCAAAUAAAUAAAUAUAAUUUCUUCCCAGAGACGGACAAAGUGCUCCUCUGAGUUUGUCAAAUUUCUCCUUUUUAAAUCCGCCAAUUUACUAUAUUUCAAACACCUCCAUUAAUGAUGACAAAUAUGCUCUAUGUUUCAUCAGAUGCAGCAUUUAAGGAUUUGGAUGAGCUAAAGGAGCCAUUUCAAGGCCAAUCAAAUGGCAUCAUUUAGUUUGUUUGGGGAACAAGUUUUAUGUAUUCGCAAUGAUGCUCUCAAAAAUCCAGGGCAACUUUUACAAAACUUAAAAGCAUCAAUCAGAUGCCAUUUGCUACAUACAAAUUUCUUUAGUCAGAUUUCCUACUUAUCAGUUAAAAAGGAAUUGUUUUCUUUUCUUUCUUACAGCAAAUUCUAUCUGAAAAAUAUAAACAGCCUUCUGCCUGAGCAGACUCGUACGACACUGCCAGAAACCAGAUAACACUACCAGAUUAACACGUUAUCUAUGUACUGUGGAUGAUUUAAGUGUAUAUCUUGCAUACAAUCCCGACAGUCAUGUGUUGGUCUGAUGAAUGUGUGAUGUAAGACGGUGUGUGUUGGUCCGUGUGACAUGAACAUGCAGUAGGUUCUCUGCUGUGUCCUCUUAUCUCUGGAACACCGAACAGAAUCAAAGGACUUAUUUUUACUUGCAUAAUUUGUGUUUUUUAUAAUACAGACAAAACGUGCUCCAUUCCCAACUGUCCUAGAGUAAUUAGUGAGUAUUGUGUCUUUGCGAAAGCAGUUGAGCUUUGGUGUGAAGCGGACCCAUUGCUUUUUCAUGAAUAGUUUUUAAGCAGAUUGUUCUCCAGGAUACAUCAAGGUGUAACGUCUGUAUAAUAUGAUGCAACGGCGACUUUUAACAUGUCUUUUGGUAAAUAAAUGUGUCUAAAGUUUU